AAGUCUUCGGAUCGUCUCUAGUGGUCUGUCUGUGGUCUGCCUGUUCUAGUACCUCGGUCGAUCCUGAAAGAGAAUUCGUUCAAGGCAUGAAGCAGGGCGCUUCUAGUCAAGAAUGGUCCUUGCGGCUUCUGGUGUCAGAAUGAAAUAGAUGUGGGCCGUCCUCGUCAAAAAGGGUACCAGUACCGUACCUUUGGGUCAGGGAUGAAUCUAAAUUUACUCGGGGCGGUUGCAGUAGUAUUGGGACAUGGAUUCAAAUCUUAAGCCUCUAUUCUGCUACUCCUCCGUACAGUACAGCUUGACCUUGACGUCCCUGCGUCGAAAUGAAGAAAAAUAUACCAAUCAUGUGCCAUCAUGGCGUUUUGCUUUGUUUGAUGUCAUCUACUUGCGCUAUGUUGCGCUAUCUGAGUAUGAAUUUCGGUGAAAAAUAUGGGGUUGAGUUUCUUUAUUAGAAGGGAAUAGGCACACGACCCGAUGAGAACCACAUCAGGGCAACACCUUGGUAACUCGAAUUCCAGGCUCAGGUAGAAAAAGCUCAGCGCACCUCUACUCCCCCCCUCCCCGCCGGCACGAUGGCGGGGAUGACAACAAUGGAGGCCGUGUCCAUGGUGGACUUCGAGGAGUUUAAGAUGGAGGUUGCGGAACUUCGGCACAAAUUUGAGGACGAACAUAUCCUUUGGAAAUUAAUAAUGUGCCCCGACAUUCCGAACAAAAGGGCCUCCAAGACUUUCCACAGGGAAACUUUUUGUAUUGCAUGAGGCGUCGAGGUCGAUGAACUCAAAUAAAUGCCGCACAUUUUUAUAGUAUUUUGUGGCAAAGAAAGUUUGCAUCACAGGAUUUCAUUUUAUUCCAUUCUGGGGUACUCGGGGCGCUUUUCAGGUUGCUAAGACAGAAAUCGACGGCAGAAAACCUGCGGAAAAAAGAAACCACAAUCCGAGAACUGCUCAAGGAGGUGGAGACCCAGGGAAAAACGAUCAAGCAGCUGAAAAAGGUACUUCUUGGUGCUCCCGUCAGGAGCUUCAUUUGGUUGAUCUCUCGACUUCUUGGUGCGCGGGUGCUUGAUAUCAAUCCAUUUUUAUUAUAUCUCGCGGGAUAGAUUUUUGGGAGGCGGUGUCCAUUUUGACGCGUGCCUACGAUGGUAUACCCUUGGAUGAUCGGAAAAAGAGCUAAUGAGACAUCGUACUUACUUACCCCGCAACGCAGCUCUAUGUUCAGGAGGAAGCUCGUGUUGUUACUCACUCACAUCAUCGAAACAAAAAAAGUUUUUGUACACCAAUCCUUGUUCAGGGUGCCGAGGAGUCGAAGCGCUUUUUCCGCGAUGCGCUGAGCACGCAGCUCGGCGAUUUGAGACAGGAAUUACUCGCGAGUUUCGAGGCGCAGCUGGACGUGAGCGACCGGAUGAUGCGAUCCCGGGUGGACCAAAUCAUCAACACCAAGUUCGAAGAGGGCUUCAAGGUGAUCGAAGACCAGUGCAAAGAGCUCUUCACGGUACAUGAACUAUGUUUUGUUUUGAUCAGAAAAAGUCACUCAUGAGUGGGUCGUCUCUAGUGCUUGUCUAAUACCGCGCAGCAGAAGCCACCGAUUUUUGACGACACUGCAUCUCUUUCGUGGUACGGUGUCAGGAUUCUUGUUUCGAUAGAAAGUCGGCACUACCUUUACCUAGUAUCAGAUGACAUUGCGUAGUUGGUAGAAGGAAUAGAAGUGAACUUUUUGCUAGGACAGCAUCUUAUAUCUCAUCACGAUUCAUCUCUACACCAGCGUAUCAAGGACGAAGUGAACGACCGAGCUUCGAAAAACGAGAAAGCCGCCAUCGCAUUGGUCGACGGCCGUUCGGCCGAGAUGGAGUCUAAGAUCAACGGUAGUAUCCAAGAUGAAAAAGACUGUGUGUUGAAUAAGGAGUGCAAGUUUGUUGUAUUGCAGGACACCACGGCGUCCCAGCGCCGUAAAAGUCACACCUGUCACGCCGGCAGACAACAACGAUCAUGGCCUUUCAUUUUCUUCAGCUGUUUAUUCGUGUCUUCACGUACUAUCUCUUGGUUUUGCAAGCUGCUACGUGGGCAUGAGAGAUGUUUUGUGUGGUCAUGCAGUGGACCCAAUUCGGCAUGCAUGAGCAUGCUAUCGAUUCAACAACAAACAAGAGACACGACAAAUAAGACGGUUUUUUGCUUGGAUACCCAGGUGUAAAGAGCUAAUCCAAGUGAAAAUGGCCCGGGUAGAGCGCAACUGGUUUUCCAUGACCGCGAAAUCGUGGCAGUUAUGCAUGGCAACUAUAAACAUGUCUGGGAUGUCGAUGAUUGGUAGUGGAAUUACUUGCGUGCGACGAUCGUAUGACGAGAAGUGAUCUACUGUAAUAUUCAUUGUAUGAAUAGGAUUUGUGAAGAUGGCGUUGGCGCCUCUUUCCGUCGCGCUAGAAAAAGCUACUUUGUCAAGUGACUCACUUAUGAAUGAGUCUGCAACCAACUUACUACGAGCUUCGCAAAAAUUGUGAUGCUGUGCAUCCGUCCAACUACAACGCGAGACUAUUCGAAGUAAGAAAAAUGCAUAUGCAAGAUGCAGUGUCAGACAUGUUUGCAGUUGAUAGAAGUGGUCAGUGAACAAUUUUCACGAGCAGAUGCUGAAUUUGUACAACGUCAAGGAAAAUAUCGCGACCAUUUCCAGUCCCACCUUCACGCUGGCCACCUGCCCGCGGAUGUUUCUGGAGCUCACCGUGGAGAAUCUCAGCCGGGGCUCACACACGAACGAAUGGGCCGAAGACGCGGGCGGCGCUGCACCGGGAGGAGCCACGCCCAAGUCAACCCCGAUCGCGGGCAAUCUGUCCCUAGUGGUUUACUUCGAGAAGCGCGUGGAUCAUUUGAAGCUGAAGAUCACAGUGGGACCCCCGGAGACAGAAAUUUGCCGGGUUCUCUCCCACAAGGACCUGAUGCCGAUCAGCCAACACUGGCACUAUGACGACCCCCGGAACCGCGGUUCCCGUCUGCACAGCACCUCGACCGGGCAGAUCAUGCACCGUAUCACACAGAAAAAAACGGGCAGGGUAGAUUUGUAACGCGAAAAUAAAUACGCGAAAACAAAAGAUCCGCUACUUGUGCGUCUCAUACAGCAUACUACAGGCUAUGACAGCCUUUUUUGUCAAUCCAUUUUUGCAUUUGCGCGGUCUGUUAAUCAUCACAAAUAUGCCCUGCCGGUUUUUUUCAUCAUGAUACACCGCGACUACAAGCCGACGGGCGGAUAUGCAAAGAAAAAACUAACUGUCUGCUUGGUGUAAAGUCGUGAGUGAUCAUCGUGCAGGCUUAGAAUCCUUUGUCUUGCUACAAACACAACAUUUUUGAUGUUCAGGCAUCGCGGUUUCCUUUUGGAAGCACCCCUAACAGCUUUUCUUUGUGAUCAUGUCGAACAGGCAGAUUUUACGGUUUCUUUUUGUAGGCGUAAGAAACUGCACGAGGCACUUUCAUGUAGAACCAACUACAAAAUCUAGAUUAUGUUGUGAUGUAAUACUUCGUUGGGAAGUCAUAUCAAAUCGUUACAGUGAAGCUGAAGUACUUUUUUCUUACGAUAGCGGCGGCUCGCACGGCGCGCGGGCGCGGAAAAAAAUGAUGAAUAGCAUGAACGCGCACCUAAAUUCUUUGGAAGAAGCGAUCGCCUACGCAUUCGAGGACGAAGUUUCGGAGACCAACCCGCGAAGGCAAGACCCGCUCGACAUGUGCAAGGAUAUGAGAGGUGACAACUUCCCCUCCUUUUUAUUUUAAAGCCCAGCAGCGGCAUCAGAAACAAGCUGAACAUGGAGCCGGCGCACUAAAACUCGUGCCCGCACUGUAGUCGUGCUUCUAUGUAGGCUCUCGGAACCUCAACAUGUAAUGGAAAAAAUCCGGCCAGCGCCAAGCGGUAGCGCAAGAAGAGUGGUCGAUAUCAUGCAUGUGCAUCGAAAAUGAAGGGGAAGGGGAGCUGUCCUCUAGCAUAAAAGACAUGGACGCACCACCUACAGACGACGCUGCAGAACCACUGGUAAUGACAAAUUCACCUGUGCUGCUCAGCUCGUUUAUUUGUGGCUAAGAACCAAUCUUCCGAUGGAGCUCGCAAUUACUUACUUAAUCUCUGCACCAUAUGGUAGACGCGGUGCGCUUUUGGUUUUUGGUUUUGACAGUAACAGAACAAUCAGAAGCUGAUCAUCUUGUAUGAGUGCCAUGCAUUCCAGGUUUGUUUUUGCGUGGGAACAGAAAAGCGGUCUAAUAGGAUACUUACAAGCUACUUUUGAAUUGCCUUCUUUCGUGCGCCGCUGGGAUUCGUUUGCUGCUUUGAAAUAAGUGAUGUAGAUGUACUGCAAUUUGAUGAAUUGUGCGCCAAACAAAAACAGUACUCCCCAAUCGACCACAAGCCUUGCGAGAUCCGGCUGACCAAUUUCGGCAUGAUCCAGCGACUGUGGGAUCGGCGGCACGACCAGAUCCCCAUCAAGGUCGAGGUGCUCGAGUGCGGGUUCAAGCGCCGGUUUUCCAAGCGCGUCAAGGCCCCCGGGCUGAACUACGGCAGGAAGGAGUUGUUUCAGUGCUACGACCAGUUCCUGUCGCCCAACUACCUCACCUUGCAAGUCUCGAACUGGGUGAACCGGGUGAAGUACAAGCACUUGAAAAAGGCCACCUGGGACACUAUCACCUCGUCAGAUGGAACAAUGAUCUCAACUGGAACGAUUUGCGAUGGAGCGUCCAACGGACAAUAAAGAUGUUGAUUUCUGCCCCACUGAAGAUGCGCAGCGAGACAGAGAUCUUUUUCUAUGGAAAAAUAUCCGGUAGAAGUCCAACUCCAACUCCAGGCACACCUCGCAUGAAAUGCGCACGAAAUUUGUCAUGCAAAGCUGCAGCAAGCUGCAAGCAGUACUAGCAGAUUUUGCUUUUGCCCUUUUCGCAAGACUACAAAUUUGGCGGCUUUGAUAUUGUCCCAGUUGAGAUUGUUGCAGCUGCGCAAGCCAUAGACAUCUCCAACGUGCAGGAAAUCUGCAAAAUGGUCCCCAGCGGUUCUUUAUCCUGUGCAAAAGUUGUCUCACAGUCGUACUAAUAGUUCCUGCAGUCUUCGUUCGUGGAGCUUGAUGGAGCUACUGUGUUAUGCCCUCGUGAAUCUGCGUGACGCAAAGAAAAAAUUCAAUGCAGUUUGUUCCACUAUUAGCAAUACGACACGAGAACAUAUUUAUUGCGCUGCAUAUUCCUGCAUCGAGUCCAACCUGUUUCGCAUCGCCGGACUGGACAGCCUCCGUCUAGUGCUGUACCCCAACGGUUUCUCGGAGGACCUGCCGUUACAGUCUGCGCUGUUUCUGCGCUCCGUGUCGGAGGAAAACGGUUCCACCAUGGUCCGCGCGAUCAUCACCCUGAACGCGACGUCAAAGACCUUCCAGGGACCAAUCGACAAGAGCCUGGGGCGAAAAAAGUUUUCGUCGCUGCUGAACGUGGAUUUCAUCUUAUCGACGUGAAAAGUGCAGCGGCCGUCUUGCUUCCUUGGAAGAUGGGAUAUUGAAUCUGAAUCUGUUUGAUGCAAAGUUUACGAUCGCAAAGAACCUUUUGUCUUGUUCCAGUUUACUAGCCCGCGUACAAAGUUCUUCCCUUAGCUUACAAGCAUGGUAAGGCCUGCUGUUGCUGGGGUUGCGUGCAAGAAGAAAAUUUGCUAUUGUCCUCGUUAGUAGUACUUACAUGACAGAAGCAAAACGGAGAAUCUUCAUGUUUGUAGAAACAAGUUUCCAAAGGAACGAGGAUCAGAUUUGUUUGGAAAAAAACUGUCGGAACUUGAUUCAGGGAGAGGGAGCGAACGCGAAGCACAGUUCACUUCGAUACUUCCAGAUCACUGUCGAAAUCGAGGAGUGCGUGGACGAGUCGGUGCAGCUGCGCACGUUGAAAAAGUACGAAAAACUGGAAGACAUCUACCGGUAUCGAAUGUAAAAAUGUCUGGGUCUGGAAGAUUGGCAGGUUUGUCAUGCACAUUUUGCAUGACUCCUGAUGUCUGUGAUGCAUGCCCUAGCAUCACAGAUUUUGUGAGGGCUUUCUGAUGCCUAUACCGCAUGACAAAUGCUCUUUCCGUGUAGCAAGACUUGGGCUCUAUUUGCUGCUCAUGCAACACAGAUUUUUUUAGAAUCCAAAAUCAGCAUGACAAGUUGGAUUCUUCCAGACCCAGACAUUUUUACAGUUGAUAACCGGAUCCCAGACGCCGGCGGCGUCUCCACCUACGCGAACACGGGCACCUUUUUAUAUGAAAUGUAAAAAUGUCUGGGUCUGGAAGAUGGCAACCUGUCAUGCUCUCUUUGGAUUCCAAAAAAAUCUGUAUUGCGUGACCAGCAACAGGAGUCCAGUUUGUGUUACGCGGAGAGGGCAUUUCUCAUGCAGAAUGGGCAUCAGAAAGCCCUGUAAAAAUCUGUGAUGCUAGAUAUUGCAUUACAUGCAUCAUGGAUCAUACAAAAUAUGCAUCACAAAUCCCAGAAUCUUCCAGACCCAGACAUUUUUGCAUUUGAUAUUUUAUCCCGUCCCACCACUGUCACCACCAGUUCCUCCGGCGGUGCGGAUAGCCGACCUGUGACCAGUAUGCUGUGCAAAAGCUUCAUCUUCUUCAUGCAUUUGCCCGAGGUGAGAGUUGCAAAAAUGCGGGCGCAUCUAUUCAAAUCUCAUUUUUCCCUCGGGAAAAAUUUGAAUGCAAUUAUUAACAAAACUGACCUACUUACAGUUCUACUGUGUCUGCGAUAGGUGCGACUUUUGCAAUGCAUAAUAACCGGCGCGGGCUUCGAUCCGACGCAACUGCCGACGACGUUCGAGUGAUGUUGAUUACAGUAUUUGUACAUAUAGUUCGGUCCUCCACGCGUUCGAAUCAUUCACGUUUUCUCACACAUCGGAUAAAACAGUAGGUACAGCACACUUCGUCGUGCCAGGUAUAGAGGAUUUCAACACACCUAUGAUUGCCAGCUAAGAACUUGGAGUUAGAAUGGCACGUGUUAUUAUAUAUUCUAUAGAUACGCUUUUUAAUUAGUCAGAUACAACGCUUCAUUCUGUUGUUGCUGUCCCUCCUCUUUUUGUACCAAAAUUUUUGCCUUUCUUUUGGCUCCUCAACAUGUAAGAUAACACACUCAUGGCGUAGUCAGUCCCUGACUAUUCCGAAUAACCGUGUACAGAAAAUUAUUGGCAGCUUGAAUGUACUUUGUAUUAUGUUGCUCCGCGGC